AUGGCUGUCUCAACUCGUGCAGAGACCAUCACAACCGACAAGUUCACCCAAUUCACCAAUUCGACGAACAACGACUCGGAACCGGUCGCAGGUCCAUCGAGCGUUUCUCAGGCGCCAGCAUCUUCUGGGAUACAGACACGACAGAAGCGCAUAUUACCUUCGCGGUCAAGAAGGGGUGGGCCAGGUGUCGGAUCCUGCGACGCUGACCUGAUGAUUCUGGACACGCUGAAGCGCAAACAGGAGAAUGAGCCAUUGGUUCCGGCAGAGACAAGGCUGUUGCUUACGACCAACUCAGCCUUGAUUCCCUCGGACUCCUCGAAUGAUUUAUUUCAGCUGCAAUUGAACACCUCCGCCUACCAGCGAUACUUUGAUAAACCCGAGGUCAUAAAGGCGUACAGGGAUCAACAAAAGAUUGAAACGCCCGAAUUUUCGAUGCUAGCAGAGCAUGCUACUGUGGGUGGUCGAUUUAGGCCGAGGAGCUCAGAAGACGAGGACGCGGAUACAUCGGACGUAGCGUAUGAGAAGCGACAUCGCAAGUACGAAACGUUUGAAAAGCGACAGCGACUACGCGAGAAGGAGAAGCUGCAGCAUGAGCACUACAAACUCAAGGAGCGAAUAGAUCAGUUGCGCUCAAUGGACAUCCAUGCCUUUCUUGGCCUGCCUGCAUCCUCCUUCUCUAGAGGGUUCGCGUCGAAUGGCCCUCCUCAGGACGAACCUGUCCCGUUCGACCCAACAGGGGCACAUGCGCACAACCUUGCCACAUUGCACGAAGGAGAACAGAGGAAGGUGGCGAUGCUGGAUGCAGCUGCAUCGUUAGAAGAACGAUACCGGACGCUCCUCAAUCUCGGCACUGACCGACGAAAGACCGAGUCACGGGCUCCAAGCAUCAAUACUUCUAUGGAUCCCGACGUUCAUUCCGUUGUUGAGGAGAGUGUUAUCUUAGCAAGCAACGGUGGGGUCGAAGAAUAUGGCGCCGUGCCGCCAGUCAAGACGGAGAAGAUAAAAUUAAAGAUCAAAUGGCCAUUGCGGAGACCUGCCGUCACAUCUGCUUCUUCCAAACCAUCAACUCCGUCUAAGAGGGCAGCUGUGCCCUCCAUUGCUAUUACGAGCGCACCACCUUCCCAACCACUGAAGCAAUCAGAGUCUACUCCACUUGCAUUGGACCCAUCGACCCCUGUCUACGCCGCUUACUCUCCCUCGCCUUCUCAUGGUCUUAGCAUUGAUGCCUCGUCUCAAUCCCCUUUCGUCAAUGCAUCCACCAGUUCUGGCGCUUACCUUGCUCGCAGACAGCCACGCAAACGUGCGCCAGAUGGAACAUUUCUUAAGAAAGAUGCUGACCUUACCUCCUGGUCGAAAGAACAGUCCGUGCGCCCACGGAAGCGCUUUCGGAUCUCCUUCAACACGGAUGAUUCACCAGUUGAUGCUGACGACUCUUUUAAUGCCGUUGAAUCGCCGUCGUCUCCUACAACUCACCGAAGACGAGAACAGUCCGCCCUCAUCCUGUCGGCAAUGCGCACUGCGAGUGCUCCCAAUGCGCGGCAUACUCAGCGCCAUGUCACAGCGUUCGGAGUGAAACUCCCACCCAACCUUGAAACCGUUCGAGAAUUCAAGAUUCCUGAUUGGGCGCUGCCAGAGUCCAUGAGGUCAUUUUCGGACGAGGGACAAGAUGAGGAGUCGACAACAUACUCGCGGUCGGAUAUUGCAGUGGAAGACAUUCUGUCAAUCGCGGAAGCUGAAGCUGAAGUGUCGUAG